AGAGAUCCCUCCCACUUAUUGCUAAUGGGGGCAGGCCAGUAUAAUCUCUUAAUCCUGCAUUUCCCUAUAUAUCCUGUCUGGACUGUGCUGUCUGAGGCCUUCACUACAUUGGUGUUCCACAAGCUGCUCUUAUUUUAAAAGAAACAAUGGGUGUGCUUAUAGAUUUUCUGCUACUUACAGCUAAAGUUGUGGGCUAUAUAAUCCAGUCCCUUGUGCGGUGGAUAAAGAGGCCCACAGAGAAAAGAGUCACCAAUGAAAUAUGUUUAAUAACAGGUACGGCCAGUAAAAAAGGACUGGGUCGGCGUUUUGCUUUAGAACUCGCCCAAAGAGGUGCGACGCUUGUCCUGUGGGAUAUAGACACAGAUGGUAAUGAAAAGACUGCGGUGCAGGUGAGGGAGCUAGGGGCCAAGGCUUAUGCUUACACCUGUGACGUGAGCCAGCGAGAGGACGUCUAUAACACGGCAGAGAGAGUGCGACGGGAGGUGGGAGAUGUCACCGUCCUGAUAAAUAAUGCUGGGGUUGUAGCAGGGAAACCAAUCUUGCAGUGCUCAGAUGAACUUCUGGAAAGGACCAUGAAGACUAACUGCUAUGCACAUUUCUGGACUGUCAAGGCUUUCCUCCCAAAAAUGAUGGAGCUGGACCAUGGUCACAUUGUGACGAUAGCAGGAUCCUUGGGCCUCUUUGCAACAGCUUGUGUGACGGAUUACUGUGCAAGCAAGUUCGCAGUAGUUGGAUUCCACGAAGCUCUUAGCCAUCAGCUGAAAGCCAAUCGAAUCAAUGGAGUGAAGACUACUCUGGUGUGCCCCUGUCUUGUUGACACGGGCAUGUUCACUGGAUGUAGAAUCAGGCAAGAGCUGGAUGGUCUUCUCUCUCCAUUAAAACCAGAUGACUGUGUGAAGACAGCAAUGAAAGGAAUACUGAAUAAUCAGCCCAUAAUAUGUAUCCCCAGAGUGAUGUACUUUGCAGUAGUUUCAAAACACCUCCUACCAUGGGAUGUUCAAGUUCUUGUUCACAAGUUUUUGGGUAUUGAUAAGUGUAUGCAUCCAUUCAUUAGACAAAGGGAAGCGAAACGCCAUCUCGUAGCAACAGGAAGAUGAAGAUUGGUACUUGCACAGAUUUUUUUAACAGCUUCUGGAACACUUUCUUAAUCUAAACUCAGCUGGGAAAACCUGGUGAAUAAAAUCACUUCAGUGUAGAAACACUUAAAGGUCGCAUCUUAUAUUGAUCCAUACUUGCUCUUUUGGUCUAUGUCUGCAGGCUUUCAGGAGAAUUCUGGCGACAUCCAGCAUUUAUGUAAUAGUUACUACACACAAGGGGGAGGGCUAGAUGAAUGGUAUAAAUACAUGCGUCAGCACCUGAUGCUUGGUGCCUUCACUGCGCGUAGGCACUUCUGAACAUCCCAUCCUUUAGUCUUUAUGCAUUAGAGCCAGGAGAGAGAUCAGGUCUUUGACUUUGCUCCACAAACUGGAGUAGUAUUUGGACCUAAAGUCCCAGGAGAUGGCAAGGAGAUGAGGAGAAUGUGUCUUUCCAGGAUUUUUUUUUUUUUUAAAUUGUUUUCUGGACUUCUUGGCCACCACACUAUAAAGCAGGGGAGGGGUCAUGUAUUUUCAGACAUACUUCCCUUAGCUGCUUUUGGAUGGGAAGUUUUAUGCUAUAUGUUCUCAGCUGGGGAUAAAUGUAAGGGGUAUGGGAAAGAAUCCUCUCGUAGAUCUGGAUGACUUCUUUUGAAUUUUAGAAGUUAUGAGAAACAGGAAAAUUUCAAAAAAAUGUAUUCCCCCCCACCUCGUUUUUCAUCAGCUGUAUCCACUUGGUUGUGGGGAUAUUCCAUUAGAAAGCUGGGAGAAUCUUACAGGAUGGCUGCUUGAAUGCCCAUGUUAGGACUUUAUAGGAAUACCCAGGGUCCUUGUUAGUUAAAGCUAGGUGUCUGGUAAAUACAUGCUGUGCACAUGCUUGUUUUGUGAUGUGGAUAGAUGCUGUGCCAGGGGAAGACCCUCCCAUCUCCGAGACAGUCCCUUUCCCUGAUAGGACGAGGGUUCUUGGGCUGGGAACAGACUAGACAAUUCUCUUUUAGUUGCUGCUUGGACAGGCACUUCACAGAUGGAACAUUUGUUUACAUGCUCCACACCCUGCUGCUGUGAGGCAGGGAGAGCUGACGGUUCCAGAAAUCACUGGUCUGCUCUGAAGUUUGGAGGAAGGCACCCUAAUCUAAAGCUGCUCCCAUCCCAGUAGUUCGUAGGAUUUGUGCCUAAAGGCAAUAGCUGAAGAGGGAGCGCUUGCCUCAGCUCGAGACAGACCACUUGGUGACAAGAGGAAGAGGCAUGGCUGAGCAGAUAGGUCGUCUCAGUUCCUCUACACAGGAGGUAAACCACUGCUGUGGAUACGAGCAUGAAACACAGAUGCCAUUUAUAAAUGUGAGAAGAUUCA